AUGAGGACGCUUACGCCUACACAGGUGGCAAGGUUGGACGUGCAAACACAACCCGACCUUCGCCAUUUUAUCAAUGAUGUCACCUCGGCGAACGAGAGUGACCUGCCCGAACUGCUCGACAGCUUCCGGCUCAAGGGAUGGGAACGGCCCAAGGGCAACCUGUACCUGUGGUACCGAGUGUUGGAACGGUUCGAGAAGAUCAUGGAAUCCAUAGUUGGCGACAAGACCGAUAUCAUCAAUGUCGACGACGCCCAGGAACGGGUGUUGGUUUCCCUCUUGUCCUUCUCUGCAUUUCUGCUCGAGCACUGCUCCAACAGAUCACUAUACUCGUCCACAAAGUACCUGUCCUCCCUGCUGUCAUGUUCAUCCCUGCCGGUUCUCAACGCGACACUGUCUGUGUGCAUCCAGAUAUCGCAGCGAUACAGCGACACCCGUGGUGGCCGCGCAGCCACCGCAGCUAUCGAUAUCCACAAGAUGCUUAAAAUCGCUAGUCUCUUUGCUGCCAACAUUGCUCCUCUGGCCAACUCGGACAAGAUUUCUCUGGUCGACUUUGUCACCGACGACAAAAAGUGGCCCGACCAGCUGCGAGCCGUGAGCAUCGAGUACUUUGCAUCCAAGGUCCGCGAUCGAGAGGGCCAGACGGCACAGUCGACACCCACCAAGUUCAAGGGCGCUGCUUCAUCGGCCCUCAGCACCACCAACACAAAGACAGGACUACAGACAUUCACCAUCAGCAGCAGCGAGAUGAAGAAACUCAGCGUGAUGGAGGCAUAUGAGCGAGCCACCACUGUUCUCCCCCAGGAGCUCCAUCUCGACGCUCUUAUGUACAUUCGAGCUGCCAAGUCUUUCAGCACUGGUGCCUCUUCGCGGGUCCCUCUUGUAAGUGCCAAGUGCAUGGCUAUCACCUUUGCCGUAUUUCUGCUGACUGAGAACGUCCUGGCAACCAAGUUUUAUGCACCCUACCCCAACCUGGUGCAGCAUCUGGUGGACCUGCUCAACCCAGACUACAAGGUGCCCAACGAGCUGCGAAGCAAUGCUAUCGAGGGCUUGUAUGCCAUGGCCCGCCAGCGCACCAAACUGCAUGAAAUUCUCACCUGCCUGAGCGCCAACGUGUCCCAUGGACUGCUGAUGCACAUUAUCCGGACGCUCAUUUCUGAUCUCAAAGAGCGGCGUCUGGACGAAAAGUACGCCAGCGACCUUUGCGGGCUGGUGGUAAACUUGUGUGUGUCUUCUUCGACGGGUCAGAUGCUGGUUUCCGCUGGACUGGUGCCUGCCCUGCUGGAGCUCAUCGACAACGACUCCGAUUAUCUGCAUAUGAAGAAUGUGGCUCUGACUCUUCUCGGUCAACUGACUCUGUCUGCCCCCGCUGCCUUCACGGCUCUCAUCAAUGCCAACGGAGUCGACCUGAUUGCUCGGCUUAUCAAAAACGAGGUGGACUACGACCUCGACAACCAUGGACCGGUUCCUACACACUGCAGAGUGGACUACCAGAUCAGCUACUACCGAGCGGGCUGGCUCAAGACGAUUCUCAAGUUUGUGUUGCAGGUCAUGCCCACUGGCGGAAACGCUGAGCGCCUGAGAAACCUCAUUGACUCAUCUACUCUGCUGUCAUCUCUGGGCGCCAUUCUUCAGUCCCCUCAAGUGUUCGGAUCCACCAUUGUUUCAGUUUCACUCGGACUCAUCAUCACAGUGCUCCACAAUGAGCCCACCAGCUAUAGCAUCAUUUCCGAGGCUGGCCUCAUUGACAUUUUUUUCGCCUGUGCUGAGGAGAUUAUGUCUCUGUCUUCCAACGACAUUCUCAUGGCCGGGCUCAAUGCCAUCGGUGCCAUUUGUCUCAACCCUGAUGGUCUGGAGCGAGCCUCUAGCGAGUUUGAUUACUCACUGAUUUUCAAGGUGCUGGAAGACCCUACCCGAUCCGAGGAGCUGACACGACACGAUCUUGCCGCCGAGCUGGGAGCCAUGGUGGACGAGCUGAUUCGUCACAACCCCAAGCUGCUGCCAUCUGUCAUGGAAGCCGUGGAUAAAACCGCUGCUUCGCUAGCUGCUGGGGUGUCGCAUGAGAGCACAGACACCAAAAAGACAGACGCCGAUGACUCUGAGCGUGCGUUUGUGAUUGACAACUUUGGUCGCUUCUUUGACUGUUUGAUUGCCAACGAGCGUGCCUGUGACUACUUUGUCAAGGACAAUGGUUUCACCCACCUGUUGGACAUUAUCACCCUUGGAGACAUGCCAUACGACUAUGGUACGUCUGAGGCUGUCAACUCCCUGAACGAUGGUCUGAAGCAUCUGUCUCAGCGGGACGAGGAAGGUCUUGUGGAGGUCUAUGACCGCAAGUUUGGCGGUCUUUUGCACAACACCGACAGCGAGUUUUACAAGUUCUGGAAGAGCGAGCCUGGCUGGGAUACGUCCAAGAUCCCUACUUGUUCUCCUGAGCUGUUGAACCAACUCACGUCGGUGCAUAGUCUGCUGAACUCAUACGAAAUUGUGUUUGACUGGGCUGCCCAGCUCAAGUUUGUGGAGACCAAGAACCCCGUGGAGAUCUUUGAGCUGAUCGAGUCGCUGUACGCCAGAGCGUCGUGGGAGAUUGUGCGAAUCUCCAACUCAGUACCAGAGGACUGGAAGAAGGCUGCUCGUCUUCAUUACUUUUCCAUUGCCUUUGGACCGUCUCGAAAGCUGGAGGAGGACAAGAAGAAGCAGAUUGCCGAGAUUGAGGAGAAACUGCCGGCCGACUCCGAGUACUGGGAUCUCAAGCAGUACUGGUUUGUGCUUAACGGUAUCACCAUGGCCACUUUGCGAUGCUUGUCCAAUGUCGCUAAGUUGAUUUCUGCCAAGCGGCUCGUUGAUCACACUACCAACAAAAAACUGGCCCUUAAUAUCGCCGACUGGGUAGCCAAGGGGCUCAUCAACAACUUCAACUAUCUGGGCAUCAUUCUACAUUCGGACCUGCCUCUCAAGGCUCGGUCUGGUUACUGCGUCUAUGUGAUUGCUGCGUUGAGAGAGACCAUGCUUUCCAGUCUUCGAGGCGGCGCUUCGACUCUGACGAAUUCGGCGUCUCUUCGAACAUCUGUCUUUGCGCCAUUUAGACAGGCUGGAGGUCUGGAGAAGCUGCUGGAGGUGUUGCAUUACUUUUGGGGUCACAUGGAGGACGGAGAUACCCCGGAGGAGGCCGCCGAGGCAAAAAACCUGUCGCGGGACGAAUUUGAGAGCCGGGAGUUCAAGAAACCCGCUACUCUGACUGUUAACCGUAUCCUCGAGUUUCUACUGUCUCUUGUGACCAAGGAGUGCAUUGUCGACUCGUCCUUUACACUGACUUUGAACACUGGUGAAGAGCGACCUUACUUUGACGGUGGCCAGUUUUUGGUGGAGAACAAGUUGGCUGUGCUCACUGGUAUCAAACCUCUGCUGUUGGACAAGGAGACUCAACGUCGGGCUGGUGCGCGAGUGUUUGAGUGGCUGUUGCAGUUGGUGUCUCGAUUGACCAUUCGUCUCGGGGAGCCAGCCUCGUCGGACUUGAAUCUUGUCCCAACGGUUCUGUCGCCGCAGUUUUGCACGCCCUCAGACUACAAGGUGGAUUUUUUGGUGGAGCAGUUGGAGUUCUCCAUUGAGGAUGCCAAGAAGAAGCUGAUUGAUGCGGGCGACAACCUCGGCAAGGUAGUCAAGACUGCUGGAAAGGCUGAUAUUGCUCUUCCCGAGGUGCCCAAGAUUGAUGUGUGGGUGCCGCAUGCUCCCGAUGGCACGCCUCUAUUGACUGUGGCUCAGCUCAACACUCUGCGGGCCAACCUCGGCAACUCGUUGCAGGAGCGGUCUCUGGAGUUUCUAGAGAAGCAUGCCGACCAUGCCAGCGCUGUGCAGGAGUUGUUCAGCACCCCCUCGGACGAUCUGCUUGAGGUUCUGACUCAGGGUCUGGACAAGGGUAUUCCUGGUCGGUACGAGCUUAUCGCUCUGAGUAUCCAGGACGACCGCAACCGCGAAAAGUUCCUCAAGCGCGGCAUGUACACUCUGGAGUGGGCUCAGGCAUAUAUGCAGGCCCACGACCCUGAUUUCAUGUCGCGGCCCGAGUUUGUGCACUUUUUGGCUGUUUACGAACGAUGCUAUUUCGUCGCGACCGAGUAUCCUCUCGAGGAGGCCAAGCAUUUGUAUGCUGAGGUGAGCCACAAGUUCACCGAUUACAGCGGCAUGGUUGUGUCGGAGGAGGCAAUUGAGUACGUCUUUUCCAAACUGCUAGCAAUUGAGAAGUUCAGCGAGUCGGAUACUCUUCUCGCGGUAUCCCGUGUCCUGGCUCUGUACACCACCAAGUUCCAGUACUCUGAUCGUAUCCGAGGCGCGCCUGUCUUGCAGGCGAUGCUCAAGGGUAUCAGAGAAUUUCCGGAUGCCGCUCACAUGGACUCCAUUCAGCAGACGGUCCUUGUUCUGUUGCGCCACUGUACUGAGACGCCCACUUCGAUUCAGAACAUCAUCGCCCACAAGCUAGGCCAGAGCAGUCGUGCCCCCAUUGCAAACCUCAUGCAGCAGUACUCGUACCUGUAUGCUCGAAGCCCUGAGUAUUUCAUUCUCACGGCCAAGAGAACACUGACUUGCGACGUCAAGCACUUCCCUGAGGUGAAGCCCAAGAAGGUGGAGCCCCUGACGGCCGAGGUGGAGCACUGUGGUAUCAUGGAGUUGCUGACUACCGAGAUUACGUCUCUGGGCAACUCAUGGGUUCCUGAGCCAUCUGACAAUGUCGAGCAUCCUGCCGAGCCAAAGGACUACCCUGAGCUUGCUUACCUGACAUUCCUUCUCAACUGCAUGACGGAGCUUUUGGGUGCUUAUGCUGAUUCCAAACUGGAGUUUGUGUCUCUUGGCCGAAAGAAGCACGGUCUGUUGUCAUACUUCCUCACAAAGCUGCUCUACUUUUCCACAGCUGCCAACGAGCCUGACAACACCAUGACCCGAGCCCGCAUGUCUGUCUCGGCCUCUGCGACUUCGUGUCUACAUGCCCUUGUUUCGUCAACACAAGAGCGCGACUUUGAUGCAGACUCCACUGAGAAACGAGACCUGGUGAUGGUUCGAAAAGCUCUGUUGGACACAGUCAUGCGACUUCUUCGAGAGGCCACUCACCUGGAUACUCUGGACAAGCGGUAUACUCGAUACGCCGUGCUGCUUGACCUGUGUCACAAGCUGUUGAGUGCAAAGACUUUGUCUACUGCCACCAACAGUGCAGCUAUCGCGUCUGAGCAUGCACAGCAGGACUCGGCAGAGUUCGCAUUGGUCAUGUACGACAAGCACUUUGCCAAGUCUGUGACAGCCCUGAUUGCUGACCUGGAUCUCAACUUCCCAGGUGCCAAAAAGGUGGCCAAGACUCUUCUUCGGCCCAUCCAUCGGCUGUCUCACUUGACUAUGGAGAACCCCGAUGCUCUUGAUCGUGGCGAAGAUGACGACGACUCCGAGUCUGAGGAUGACGAGUCAGAGGACGACGAUUCCGACGACGACACUCCCCCUCAGAACAUUUUCCAGAACUCGACGCUGGGCAUGUUUGAGGCCGAAGCCAACUCUGGCGACGAGGAGAUGGACGAGAUUGGCUCUGACCAUAGCGAGCUCGAUGAUGAUGACAUGGAGGAGCUGGAGGAGCCACUAUACCUGGAUCAGGAGGAGGACGAUUCGGAUUUGGACCUGGACGACAUGUCUGAUGAUGAUCAUGUCUCCGAUCACGUUGCCGAAAGUGAUAUUGACGAGGUUAUCGCCAUGGAGGAGGGCGAAGACGAGUGGGAGAGUUACAGUGAGGAGGAGCUUGGAGAGGAGGAGCUUGAGGAUGAACUGGACUUCUCGGAGGCUGAGCCUGCCGGGGAGCAGGAGGAGGGAGACGCUAUUGGCGGUGUUCGGGAUCUGAUUGCUGCUCUCGGCAAUCCCAGUACCCCCCCUCCUCCUCCAGACUACGCCAUUGAUCUGGAUUCCACUGACGAGGAGGAGCUGCAGGAGGCCAACAGUUUGUUUGUGCCUCCUCCUGGUCACUCUGGAGCUGUUGGAGGACACCCUCUACUGGCUGGCCGAGGCGGCAAUGGACGAAGUCUGUCCAUGUCUUACACUCGGAAUGCCAUGAAUUUGAGUGCCAUCAACAACCCCAUGGACAAUCUGCUAGAGCGGAUGGUAUCUCGGGCUGUGACUGGUCCCGACGGAGGUUCUUUCACCAUUGGUAUUGGCAGUUCCAACGGUGUUCAGAUUCAGCGCAACGUGGAGGCUCUGCUGACUUCCGUGGGUGGUUACCGACGUCCUCGAAAGGCUGGUUGGGAUGCCAAGCUGCUUCGUUUCGAGGCCAGCUCAACUGUCAUUCGAUGGACCGCCUUUGCUCGGAUGUUUGACAUUGUCAAGCAGCGAGGCGUGUGCUGGAGAGCCGUGGCACCCAUAAUGAACGCCAUUGGUCCUCCUGUCGAAGCUGAGAUUGAGGCUCGAGAGCAAGCUCAACGCGAGGCUAUGCAAGGACGACUGGCACAGGAGGCCGUCAUUGUAGAGUCUUCAGAAGACGAGGAUAUGGUCUCUGCUGCUUCCACUGACGACCUCAUGGGUGGCCAGGAGGAUGUGGAAGAGGAUGAGGAGGAGGAGAGAGACGAAGCACUGGACCUGGCGGAGGCGAUAAUGGGCCAUGCUGAGGAGGUGGAUGACGAGGACGAUGAUGUUUCCGUCGGCACCGAGGCUGACCAACUACCCGAGUCCAGUGGUCCCGCUCGAGACCCCGUCUAUGUCACAAUUUCAGGCCGGCAGGUUGACAUUUCCGGUCUAGAUAUCGACCCCACGUUCCUCGAGGCACUUCCUGAGGACAUGCGGGAGGAGGUUGUGUUGCAGCACAUCCGGGAGAGCGAGUUGGACGACUCUGUCAUCUCUACUCUGCCAGACAACAUGCGAGCGGAGCUGCGUCCUGUCACUCUUGGACAGGCCGAUUCUCAAGACUUUGCCACGUUCCUGGGAACGCUAGACUCCAACCUUCGUCAUACAAUUCUCAUGGAGCAGGAUGAGGCGACCCUCAAUGCUCUUCCUGAUGAGCUUGUUGCUGAGGCUCGUCGUUUGCGAGUUCGACAGGCUCCUCUUGUCAUGGACCAGGCUGAUGAUGAGGAUGAUGAUGAUCCUGGCACUGAGGAUGACACAGCCAUGAUUGACGACGCUGUCACUUCUACGCUCGGUGUAGCUACCACUGCCACCACACCUCAUCAACGUCGACACACCAAAAAAGUGGAUGUGUUUGCUGCCCGAAACUUUGUGGACAAGAGUGGCAUCACUGCUCUGAUUCGGCUGCUCUACCUUCCUCAGGGGAGUGCUUCUCGUGAUUUCCUUCAUGAGCUGCUGCUCAAUGUGGUUCGAAACCGGCAAGCUCGUGCCGACGUCAUUUCCAUCCUUCUGUCUAUUCUGCAGGACGGAUGUCGAGACCGAGCGUCGCUCGAGCGGUCCUUUGCCAACCUCACUACCACGUCCAACGUGCAGGGCACACCCAAGUCGCCCAUCAAGGCCGGCCUCGGUAGUGCUUCCAGCGAGCUCAGUACGGACGUCACGCCAAUGACGGUCACUCUGCAAGUGUUGGAUGCUCUGUCCUACUUGAUCAGAAACAAUGCCCACAUCCGGCACUACUUCCUGACUGAGCACGAGGUGCCUGUUGGCCACACGCGGGUCAAACGUAAGAAGGCGCUCAAGAGCAUGAAGUACCCCGUCAACAUUUUGUUUGGUCUUCUCAAGAACCCUGUGGUAACCGAGCGAAGCCAUGCCAUGGAGGUGCUGUCAAUCAUGCUACAGGAGGCCACGCGACCUCUGCAGGCCAAGCGACGAGCUAGCAUGAACGUUGCAGCAGAGGCAGCUGCCCUUGCCCGUGAAGAGACCCGUGCUGAGGCUGCUUCUUCCUCAGGAGCUGUCUCUGACACUGCCAUGGUGAUCGAUGAGCCUGAGACGGAGGGUGUUACCACGACUGUGCAGGCCAAGAAGUCGCUCAAGGACCUGUCGCCGUACAUUCCAUCCGGAAACUUGUCUCUUGUGACUCAGAUUUUGACUGCCAACGAGUGCUCCUCUUUGACAUUUCAGCAGACUCUUUCUUGCAUGCAGAACUUGCUGCACAUUGAUAAUGCUGUCAAGGUGUUUUCCAGCCAGCUGUCGUCCCAGGCCAUUCGUCUCGGCAAGACUCUGAUCACGGAUUUGGUGAAUCUCAACUCUCUGAUUCACACACCCGGCAAUACUAUCCAGGGUUCUGCUCUGAGCAAGUUCUCGCUGGCGUCUUCUGACCAGGCCAAGCUCCUGAGAGUGCUCACUGCCAUUGACAUUUUAUUUGACAAGCGCGGUGAGACCAAGGUGAACAUUUACAACAGUCUCACCUUUGGCCCACUUUGGGGCGCUCUCUCAGACGUGCUGGGCUACGUGGCUGAGCAUCCUGACUUGAUCCAUGUCGCCACUGCUCUUUUGCCGCUCAUGGAGGCUCUCAUGGUUGUUUGUAAGCACUCGCGAGUGACUGAGCGCUCUGCAGGUGGAGCUGGUGGCAACCACCCUGGCAACUCGCCCACAGAUCACAGCACCCACAAGUACUCUGCUCGAAGCUACGACUUCGCGAACGAGCCCAUUGAGAACCUCUUCUUCUCUUUCACGGAUGAGCACCGCAAGAUUCUCAACCUCAUGGUCCGAAACAACCCCAAGCUCAUGUCUGGUUCGUUUUCCAUUCUGGUUAAGAACCCCAAGGUGCUGGAGUUUGACAACAAGCGCAACUACUUCAACCGAAAAAUCCACUCGAGCAACCAGAGCGACGGCGCUACGAUCAACCUCAAUGUGCGAAGAGACCAGGUCUUUUUGGACUCGUACAAGAGCAUGUACUUCAAGUCUGCUGCUGAGAUUCGGUCUGGCAAGCUCAACAUUCACUUCUCCGGAGAAGAAGGUGUUGAUGCUGGUGGAGUGACUCGAGAGUGGUACCAGGUGUUGGCCCGGCAAAUGUUCAACCCUGACUAUGCUCUGUUCACCCCCGUGGCUUCGGAUACCACGACUUUCCACCCCAACCGAACGUCGUGGGUCAACCCCGAGCAUUUGUCUUUCUUCAAGUUUAUUGGUCGAAUCAUUGGCAAGGCCAUCUUCGACCAGAGACUGCUUGACUGCCAUUUCUCUCGAGCCGUGUACAAGAAGAUUCUCGGCCGAGGCGUGUCUCUCAAGGACAUGGAGACACUCGACAUUGAGUACCACAAGUCGCUGGUGUGGAUGCUGGAGAACGACAUCACCGACAUCAUCACCGAGACCAUGUCUAUCGAGACAGAGGACUAUGGUGAGAAGAAGACCAUUGAUUUGAUGCCCGAUGGUCGAAACAUUGCCGUGGACGAGUCUAACAAGGCUGAGUUUGUUCAGCGGGUGGUUGAGUACAGACUCAUCACCUCAGUGGAGGAGCAGCUGGAGCACUUCCUACAGGGAUUCCACGACAUUAUUCCAAAGGAACUGGUUUCGAUUUUCAACGAGCAGGAGCUGGAGUUGUUGAUUUGUGGUCUGCCCGAGAUUGAUGUCGACGACUGGCGAAACAACACCGUGUACACUAACUAUUCGGCGUCGUCGCCUCAGAUCCAGUGGUUCUGGCGAUCCAUUCGAUCGUUUGACGACGAAGAGCGGGCCAAGCUGCUGCAGUUCGUGACCGGAACCAGUAAGGUGCCUUUGGAUGGAUUCAAGGAGCUGGAGGGAAUGAAUGGCCCUACAAAAUUCAACAUUCAUCGAGCCUACGGCAACAACGAGCGGUUGCCUUCUUCGCACACGUGUUUCAACCAGCUGGAUCUACCAGAGUACGACAGCUACGAGACUCUGCGGGGCUCCUUGUUGUUGGCCAUCACGGAGGGACGGGAAGGAUUUGGUUUUGCCUAG